CUUACUUCCGUUCCUCAUUGAAAGCACCAUGUCUCAGCUUUCACCACAGCUCUUUGACAAAAUAAAACACUUUGCCAAGUUUCCUCAAACAGGUGUUUCUCUAAGACAAAUGGUUAUGUUUGGCCAAACUCCUUCACAGGGCACGCUUUUCGGCGCAAGUCAGUUUUUACAUGAGGAGCUUCCUAUUCGUUUAGCACAUCGCGUGAAGGAAUUGGAAGAGCUACCACGCAACCUAAGUCAAAUGCCAUCCAUUAUUAAAGUUAAACAUUGGUAUGCACAAUCUUUCAAAGACCUCAUCGAACUUCCACAACCAAAGAUAUCCAGUCUUGUGAAAAAUCACCAGCAACCUCUUAUAUCAAGAAGUUCAGAGACAUUACCCCACAAUAUACCAAAUCCAUCUUUACCUAAAAAAAUCACGAAUAAACCUGUUUCCAAUUCAAUACAUCAAUCUGUUCCUAUUGGACAACGAUAUUACAAUAAAGUAGAUGCAACAGAAUGUCCACCAGAAAUAGCAGAAUACACAAACAAAUUUGUUAGGACAAUCGAGGCCAUUAAAAGAAGACACGACCCUGUCGUCACCACUAUUGCACAGGGCAUAUUGGAAUAUAAAGAACAUCUGAAUUCACCUCUGAUUGAUACAGAAGUACAGGCUUUCUUGGAUCGAUUUUAUAUGUCACGAAUUGGGAUUCGAAUGCUGAUAGGUCAGCAUGUCGCGCUUUAUAGAGGACCUCGACAAAAGGAUUACGUGGGCGUUAUUUGUACCAAAACCAAUAUUCAUGAUGUUGCACAGGACGCCAUUGCGAACGCCAAAUUUAUAUGUGAGGAGCAUUAUGGCUUAUUCAAAGCACCAGAGGUGAACGUAUUUUGCCCUGGAGAAAUUGAGUUUAUGUACGUGCCAUCGCAUCUCAGUCAUAUGCUGUUUGAAUUGUUAAAAAAUUCAAUGCGUGCUGUGGUUGAGAAUUACGGUACUGACUACGAAGAUGAUUAUCCGCCUAUCAAGUUGAUCAUUGCUCAAGGAAAAGAAGACAUUACCAUCAAAAUUUCAGAUGAAGGAGGAGGUAUUCCACGCUCAAAUAUUCCACUCGUUUGGACUUAUAUGUAUACAACAGCUACUGCGCAACUCGAAUCUGAAUUUAGUCAAUCUGAUUUUAAAGCACCCAUGGCAGGUUUUGGAUACGGCCUGCCUAUCUCAAGACUGUAUGCCCGUUAUUUUGGUGGAGAUCUGAAGCUUAUAUCAAUGGAAGGCUAUGGCACAGAUGUUUACUUACAUUUGAAUCGAUUAUCAAAUAGCGACGAACCUUUAAUAUACAUUCCAAAAGAAGACCCGAAAUACUGUUCAAACGCUACAAAUAUUAAUGGUUCAACAGCCAUGCUUCAGAUUCAUAAAAAAAAUGACGAACAACUGGCAAUAGUUGCUUACGCUUAAGCAUUACAUUCAACCGGAUUAUAUCUGCUAAAGGAUAACCUUCUCAUCUCAUCUGCAUAAAUCCAACCUCAUUCCAUGUUUUAUCUAAUGCAUACGUAUACACAUAAAUCAGAUCAAAUGUUGCUUCUUUAUACUUGGUCUUGUGGUCAGCAUACCAUGACCUUCCUUCAACGAACAUCUGAAUAAACUCUCUGAGUCUUCAGUAGAACCAUU